CCCACCCCUACACUGAUAGGAAAGAGAAUUGUCCAAAGAUUUUCAUCUUCUUCGUAAGCUUCAAUUUUUUUCCCGAGUCAGGCCUACAAAAUCCCAAUUUCGUUGUUGAAAUUUCUUUCAUUUCAAGGUAUUAUUAUUUUGAGGAAGGGAUACGUUGCUUGAAAUCUUUAUCAACGAAAAAAUCAGCAUCGGAAAGAACAAACACCGAGAAAUUCUAUUCUUUUCUUUGCACAAAACAAAUCGAGGCGUAAAUGUCAAUCGCAACGGCAAGUCGUUUCGUCUUGCUUCCGAAUCCCAUUCGAUGCUCUGAUUCCAAUUCAAAUUCCAAUCCCAAGCGUGGUUUCGGACCCAACACCAACGACAACAACAAAACCAAUAAAGGCAAGAAAAACAAGGGGUUGGUAAUAGACCAAAGGAAAUCGGCAGCUAGACGUUCCGGAAGCGAGCCUGCUCAAGCGCCUGGUUUAAGGUCUCAGUUUGGUGGGAAAUCUAAGAAUUCUUCGAUAGACGUUGAUUUUGAGGAGCGACUGAAAGCAAUUAAAAGGGCAGCACUUGAGCAGAAAAAGGUAGAAGAGGAAAAGGAAUUUGGAGCAAUUGACUAUGAUGUACCUAUUGAAUCAGAGAAGAAAACAAUUGGACUUGGGACUAAGAUUGGAGUAGGUGUAGCUGUCGCGGUUUUUGGCUUGGUAUUUGCAUUGGGAGACUUUCUUCCCACAGGAAGUAUUGGUCCUUCUGAGGAAGCUGCAGUUGUUGAUAAUCAACUGUCAAAAGAAGAAAAGACUAUUCUUCAGACUCAGCUAAAGGAAUAUGAGGCAACGCUCAGUAAUUCACCGAAAGAUCCAACUGCUCUUGAGGGUGCUGCUGUAACCUUGGCAGAGUUAGGAGAAUAUACUCGGGCUGCCUCUCUGCUUGAGGACUUGACCAAGGAGAAGCCAAGUGAUCCUGAUGUUUUUCUUUUGCUUGGUGAAGUUAAGUACAAACUAAAGGAUUAUGAGGGAAGUGCUGAUGCAUACAAGACUUCUUCAAAAGUGUCUAAAUACCUUGAUUUUGAAGUUCUACGUGGCCGCACAAAUGCAUUACUUGCUGCUAAGAAACCAGAUGAGGCUGUCCAGUUCCUUCUUGCCUCCCGGGAGCGCCUAAGUAAAGAAAAUUCUGAUGCAAAAACUGAAAGCAGUACAGGGGAAACACAGACACAGAAAAUGGACCCUAUUCAAGUUGAUUUACUACUGGGGAAAGCCUAUUCGGAUUGGGGCCAUAUUAGUGAUGCUGUAUCUGUUUAUGAUCAGCUCAUCUCUAGCCACCCUGAAGACUUUCGUGGUUACUUGGCAAAGGGAAUCAUUUUGAAAGAAAAUGGUAAUGUUGGAGAUGCGGAGCGGAUGUUCAUACAAGCACGGUUUUUUGCACCGGAAAAAGCCAAGGCACUAGUAGACCGCUAUUCCAGAAAAUGAAAGCGAUUGCUUCCUCCAAAGAGAGUGGAAUGACAAUUACGGUAAAUUCCUUACGAAAAGAAGCUUCAUACUACUACAGUUUUGACCAUGGAAUUCCAAAUUUCAAGCCUGGUAUAGCAAAAUGAGAAAUGAGUUGAUUAUUACUCGGAAAGUUCAGCUGUCCCUGGAAACUAGGAUAGAGACCAGAAAAUGAAUUUCAAAGAAACAGAAGGUAUAUAUGGAAUAUCGAGAUUCGAGACUAGAACCCAACAUCAUAUGGCAUUUGGCAUUUAAAUUUCAGGGGUGUGUUAAUGAGAAUAUAAAUUCAUUUCUUUUA